AGAGAUCAUUUUUAUUGUGCGAGCCCAAUUUACAUUUUCAGUCUCAAAGUGAUCACUUAUCACCUUAUAGUGAUUACUGACAAUUUUUAAAUAACCAAUUACAACCUUAAAAUAUGAAAUUUAACCAAUUACUUAUAACCUUAAAGUAACCACUUAUAAUCUUAAAAUGAUUAAUCAUAAAAACUUCAUGAUUAUAUGAACCUCAAAACUUGAUGCAGCCAUCAAAGUAGCAUAAGCAAUGACGUCAACAAACUAGAUUCAAACUUUGCCACACAAAAAAUCAAGAAUAUCCUCCUCUCAACUCUCAACUCUCAACUCUCAACACUAUUAAAAACUAAUUAAACACUCAUUAUCCAAAUACAAGUAUCAAUCAUCAAAAUCCUUGUUAGAAUACCAAAUUUUGUCACAAUGGAAAUUCUACCUAAACCCAAUUCAUCACCUUAUACUCAUAAUCAUGUGCUAAUCUUUCCACUCCCAGCACAAGGUCACAUGACCCCAAUGCUACACUUAUCAGAACUAUUAUGCCUAGCCAAUAUUAAGGUAACCUUCCUAAUCACAACUGAUAACCACCAGCUUUUAAACCAACACACCAAUGUGAAUGAGCGUUUCGCCCGGUACCCAGGCUUCCGGUUCGAGGCAAUACCGCAAGCUCGGCCGAAUGAGCAGCCACAAACACUGCCACAAGGUGCCAAGGCUGGUGUUCUUAACAUGAUAAGGUUGAUAACAGAAGGGUUGGAAUCUAGUGCAGUGCCCAUUUUGAGAGAGCUUUUGAUUGGGUCUAAAAAUGUGGAUAAGGUUACUUGUUUUAUAAUUGAUGGGUGGUUGAGUUUUGCUUAUGAUAUUGCACUUGAGGCAAAACUGGCUGUUUUUGCAUUUAGGUGUCCUAGUGCUUGUUGCAUUUGGUCUUAUAUUUGUAUUCCACACCUCAUUCAAGCUAGGGAAGUACCUUUCAAAGAUGAAGAAAUGGAUGAACUAGUCAAGAAUGUACCCGGGAUGAGUAGCUUCCUUCGCUAUCGUGACCUUCCUAGCUUUUGUCGAGGCCAAGACAACUCUUCAUGCAUCAACCUCGAACAAUUCUUUUCCGAUGAGCUACAUCGAAACAAGAAUACCAAUGGGAUCAUCUUGAAUACAUUUGAGGAUUUGGAGGGUCCAAUUCUCACUAAAAUCAGAUCACAAUACUCAAAGAUUUACCCCAUUGGCCCCCUACAUGCACACCUGAAAUACAGACUUGGCAAAGAAAAUCAAGCAUUGUCCAACAAUUCUUCUAGUAGCUUGUGGGAAGUGGAUCAAGGUUGUAUAUCAUGGUUAGACCAAAAGCCCAACAAAUCUGUUGUGUAUGUUAGUUUUGGAAGCAUAGCUACCCUCACAAGUGAUCAACUAAUGGAAAUUUGGGCUGGACUUGUGGGGAGUAACUACUACUUCUUAUGGGUUAUAAGGCCCAAUGUGAUAUUCGGGGAUGGACUAGAUAGUCCAACCCCGGAUGAACUCUUGGAGGGAACCAAGAAGAGAGGGUACAUUGUGAAAUGGGCCCCACAAGAUGAGGUCUUAGCCCAUCGAGCUGUUGGUGGGUUUUUGACUCAUAGUGGAUGGAACUCGACAUUAGAGAGUAUUGUCGCUGGUGUGCCAAUGAUUUGUUGGCCUUACUUUGCUGAUCAACCAAUAAAUAGUAGGUUUGUUAGUGAAAUAUGGAAGAUUGGCCUAGACAUGAAGGAUACUUGUGAUAGAGUGAUUGUGGAAAACAUGAUCAAUGAUCUAAUGGACAGGAGGAAGGAUGAGCUUAAAAAAUCAAUGGAUCAAAUAUCACACCUAGCAAAUAGAAGUAUCUCUAAAGGUGGGUCCUCCUACUCUUAUCUUGACCAUCUAAUUGAAGAUAUUAAAGCACUAGCCAUGAAAAGGGAACUAUAGAUCUUACUUGGCACCCAGCAAAACAGAAAAGAAGAGCUUAAUAAAAAAUUUUCUAGAGGUAAAGCAUUGGAACUCCCCAUGGACAGUUCUAUGCAUAUUCGGGGUGUACGAUCACUUAGGACCUAAAAAUUAGGCGCUCACAUUAAUCUUAAGAUGCAUUUUUUAUGUAAUUAAGUUCUGCAGUUCAUAUUUAUUUUUUUAUUUUUAGUAGAUUCGUUUGAUUAUGAGAUGAAUGUUUUGUUGUUAUUAUUGUUUAUAACGAAUAUUCAAGCAUAAAUUGUUUCAUUUUAGAAUGUAAUUAUUUAUUUUGAUAUUAAGUAAUUUAAAAAUGGUGCAGUUUUUUAA